AAAUUAGCAAGUGUCAGUUGAAAGUUGCAGUUAAUUAUUAAGAAAAUAAGUCAUUCAGAGUUUCGGGAAAAGAUAUUCAAACAAAGAAUUCAAACAAAGUUUAGGAAGUUUGUUUGUUUUGAGCGUUUCUAUUGGUGACCUUAAAUGCCCAAGCGCCGACGCAAAUUUUCCCACAAGCGCAAAACAGUUCGGUGUUUUCCAGAAGAAACUUCGACAACUAUUUUCCCUGUGCAAAACUCCGUAUUUUUACUCAGAAUAUAAGUACGUUUGAAACAUUAUUCAUAAACGCCCAACAGAUAUGUUUACAAUUCAUUCAUUACUUACAAUAAUCCUAAAGUAUUAUAGAUAACUGACAAAGUGGAUCAAAGUCAUUUUUGAACUACGAUAUCUAUUUGAGAUUAUUAUAUUCAAAGGAACUCAUUAUUAUUUAAAUAAAUAAGUUUUUGAAUUCCAUUUAUAUUUGACGGGCGCUCAAAUUAGACAGUUCGGAAAAAUAAUCGCGCUUGCGCAGUUCGAUCCCGUUUUCUUUGUUCGAAAGCUCGCAUGUUCGCUGGCCGGUUUUGCAUGUUGAUUUUUUCACGAAAAUUACGAACACACUGCCAAAAGGGAGGAAAUUAAUUAAAGUGUUCUUUCGUGUCCGAUGUCUAGUGCUGAUACGGCAGAUAGCUCCGUCGAUCCCCCAUCAAAAAAGCGGAAGCUAGAUACAAGCGGUUCCAUUGAUAUGGCGAACAACGGAGUAGCCUCUGGCUCGCAAGCACAGAAUAAUGCAGCUGAAAUCGAUGAGGGCUUGUAUUCUAGACAACUUUAUGUGUUGGGUCAUGAUGCCAUGCGACGUAUGGCAUCAAGCGACGUCCUUAUAUCUGGUUUAGGUGGCUUAGGUGUUGAAGUUGCAAAAAAUGUGAUUUUAGGUGGUGUUAAGUCAGUUACCAUACACGAUGAAAAACAGGUAUCCAUAACUGACUUUAGUUCUCAGUUUUUCUUUGUACCAGAAGACACAGGUAAAAAUCGUGCUGAAGUUGUUUGUAAGAAGUUGUCUGAGCUGAACAAUUAUGUUCCAACUCGUUCGUACACUGGACCCCUCAAUGAGGAUUAUAUUAAGAAGUUUAGUGUAGUAGUGUUAACUGAUUCGACCAGAGCAGAACAAUUAAGAAUUAGCGAAGUAACUCAUGCUAAUAAUAUUGCCCUAAUUGUGGCAGAUACGAAAGGGUUGUUUGCCCAAGUAUUUUGUGAUUUUGGUGACAGUUUCACUGUAGUAGAUACGAAUGGGGAGCCUGUGGUUUCAGCUAUGAUUGCUGAUAUUAGUACUGAUAAAGAAAGUGUUGUUACUUGCAUUGAUGACACAAGACACGGUAUGGAAGAUGGAGACUAUGUCACAUUUUCUGAAGUACAGGGUAUGACAGAACUAAACGGUUGUGCACCAAAAAAAAUUAAGGUGCUGGGACCAUACACAUUCAGUAUUGGAGAUACUACAGGUUUUUCAAAAUAUGAGAGAGGUGGUAUAGCUACUCAAGUAAAAAUGCCCAAAGAAUUGAGUUUCAAGUCUCUGAAAGAAUCGUUAGAAAACCCAGAAUUUGUUAUUACAGAUUUUGCCAAAUUUGACCAUCCAUCUCAACUGCAUCUUGCUUUUAGUACUUUGCAUAAUUAUGUAGAAAGAAACAAGAAAUUACCUAAACCGUGGAGUUCUGAGGAUGCUUCACAGUUUUUAUCUAUUGCUAAAACACUAGUUAGUGGUGAUACAGAAGUAAACACUGAAUUGUUGGACCUUUUUGCAAAGACUUCUGCUGGUGAGCUAAAUCCAAUAAACGCUACUAUAGGAGGUAUAGUCGCCCAAGAAGUGAUGAAAGCAUGUUCUGGCAAGUUCCAUCCAAUCUUACAAUGGCUGUACUUUGACGCCAUUGAAUGUUUACCAUCCGAUCCAAAAGACAGAUUACUUAUUACAGAAGAGGAUGCAGCACCGACAGGCAGUAGAUAUGAUAGUCAAAUAGCAGUGUUUGGCAAAGAGUUCCAAAAGAAAAUCAAUUCACUGAAAUACCUUAUUGUGGGUGCCGGAGCUAUUGGAUGUGAACUUUUGAAAAAUUUCUCCAUGAUGGGUGUGGGAUCUGACAAUGGUCAGAUUUUUAUAACCGACAUGGACUUAAUCGAGAAAUCUAACUUGAAUAGGCAAUUCUUAUUCCGACCUCAUGAUGUACAGAAGUCAAAAUCAGUCUGUGCAGCCAAGGCUGCAAAGAAGAUGAACGACCAAAUAAAUGUGAUCGCCCACGAAAAUCGAGUCGGUCCCGAAACCGAGAGCAUUUAUGAUGAUGACUUCUUUGAAAAUUUAGACGGUGUUGCCAACGCUUUAGAUAAUGUUGAUGCCAGGAUAUACAUGGACAGAAGGUGCGUUUAUUACCGAAAACCUUUGCUCGAAUCUGGCACAUUAGGAACAAAAGGAAACGUCCAAGUUGUAGUUCCGUUCCUCACUGAAUCCUACAGUUCGUCCCAGGACCCUCCAGAAAAAAGCAUUCCCAUCUGCACCUUAAAGAAUUUCCCCAACGCCAUCGAACACACGUUACAAUGGGCGAGGGACGCAUUUGAAGGGCUGUUCAGACAGAGUGCAGAGAACGCUUCUCAGUAUCUUACAGAUCCCGAUUUUAUCGAGAGGACUGUCAAGUUGCCGGGUGUACAGCCAUUGGAAACGUUGGAAUCUGUCAAAGCAGCUUUGGUUGAUGAUAGGCCCAAGUCGUUCGAAGAGUGUAUUGUUUGGGCUCGAAAACAUUGGCAGGACCAAUAUCACAAUCAAAUCAGUCAGCUGCUCUACAAUUUUCCACCAGAUCAGCUCACAAGUACCGGUCAGUUGUUCUGGUCCGGUCCAAAACGUUGUCCAGUACCACUCACCUUUGACAUAAAUGACACGUUACACUUGGAUUACGUCAUAGCCGCUGCAAAUCUGAAGGCGCAGGUGUAUGGGAUUCCCACGAAUAGGGAUAGAGCGUAUAUCGCAGGAGUGGCUUCAAAAGUUGAGGUCCCACCGUUCGUACCAAAAUCCGGCGUUAAAAUUGCCGUAACCGACUCACAAAUGGCAGCAAACGGCAACAGCAUCGACAUGGACCGCAUUACCCAGCUCAGAGGUGAGCUACCUCCUCCCGAAGAAGUCGCAGGUUUAGUGCUGACUCCUCUGGACUUCGAAAAAGACGACGACAGCAAUUUCCACAUGGACUUCAUCGUUGCAGCGUCGAAUUUAAGAGCGGCGAACUAUAAAAUUCCUCCAGCCGAUAGACACAAAUCUAAGCUGAUCGCAGGUAAAAUUAUUCCUGCUAUCGCAACAACAACGUCCGUCGUAGCCGGUCUAGCCUGCUUGGAACUGUACAAGUUGGCUCGUUCAUUGAAGAGUCUCGAACCGUUUAAAAACGGUUUCGUCAAUUUGGCGUUACCGUUCUUUGGAUUUAGCGAACCGAUCGCAGCGCCGCAGAUGGAAUACUGCGGAAACAAGUGGACCUUAUGGGACAGAUUCGAGGUCCAGGGCGAGAUGACCUUGGCAGAGUUUCUACAAUAUUUCCAGGAUAAACAUGGUUUGGAAAUCACGAUGCUUUCUCAAGGUGUCUGCAUGCUGUACUCCUUCUUCAUGCAGAAAGCUAAAGCACAAGAACGUCUCGGCCUGACCAUGUCUGAAGUGGUCAAGCGAGUAUCGAAGAAGAGAAUUGAGCCUCACGUUAGAGCGCUAGUGUUCGAACUGUGCUGCAACGAUGCCGACGGCAACGACGUAGAAGUGCCCUACGUCAAAUAUAACCUGGGCCCCAAGGAACGAGACUCCUCCGACUGCAACAGUGUGAAUAAGAUAUGGUGAUUUACUAUGCUUUGUGAGAUAUUCUUGGAAUUGAGAUUUUUUUCUUUUUUUUUCGGUCUUUAACGCCUUCUCUCUCAAUUUACAUAUAUGUGUAAACUUAAAAAAAGUAUAUUUAUGUCAAUCGAUGUCCAGUUUUUUGACAUAAAUGUAUUAACCACUUAAACACGAUAUAUUAUUUUAUUUUAAACAGCCUAGCACUAGAAAUCAGGGAUGGGCGUGUCACUUAUCAUAAAAGUAUUAAAAUCUAAAAACAAGCUAAAAAAGAAUGACCAAACAGUAAAAUAAUUAAAAUAUCUUCUGUAGAAGGGUCACUAACAGCCAACACCGUUUUUGAAGAAGCUUUACUAACUCUUUGGACGUAAGUUUUUUACGUUUUGACACAAAACUUAAAAACCUACAUAGUUUUUUACAUUUACAAAAUUACUUUUUACGUGUAAUAAAC